AUUUCACAGAUGCAACCAGUUAAAUAUGAAAUAUUUCCACUGUCACCUCUAUCAAAACAUCGAUUAAGUAUAGUGAAGAGAAAAGUUUUAGUAUUAGAUUUAGAUGAAACAUUGAUCCAUUCACAUCAUGAUGGAGUAGCAAGACCAACAGUUAGACCUGGUACACCACCUGAUUUUGUACUAAAGGUGACAAUUGAUCGGCAUCCUGUUAGAUUUUUCGUCCACAAAAGACCGCAUGUUGACUUUUUUUUGGAUAUUGUAAGUCAAUGGUACGAAUUGGUAGUGUUUACAGCAUCAAUGGAAAUAUAUGGAGCUGCAGUUGCUGAUAAAUUGGACAACAAUCGUGGCAUUCUUAGACGUAGAUAUUACAGACAACACUGCACUCCUGAAAUGGGAUCAUAUACUAAGGACUUAGCAGCUAUUUGUUCUGACUUAACGUCAGUUUUUAUACUUGACAAUAGUCCUGGUGCUUACAGAGCUUAUCCA